AUGGAACCUUGGGUUCCCCAGUGGCCCCCUCAGCCAUGGAGGAGGCCUAUAGCACCAUCAAAGGAUUCAGACCAAGGGCUUUGGAGAAAUGGACAGCAUCGGCCGGUUCCUCACUCUUGGCACAAUGGAGAGAGGUUUCAUCAAUGGCAAGAUGUCUGCAGGAGCCCCCAGCUACAGCAGGACCCCAGGGCAGACCACCAGCAGCCCCAUGAUGCAUCCAGGCCUGGGGAAUGGCAUCAGCCUGUGUCCCGGGCUGACUGCUCCAAAGGUGGUUGUCCCAGUCAGUUGUAUUCGAGGCCUAGCUAUGAGGAUCUGUAUCAGGGCUAUCACUCUCCAAUACUGAGGGAAGACUGUGCUUAUGGAAGUUAUUACUAUCAUGGACACCCACAGUGGCUUCAGGAAGAGAGAGGGCCAAGGCAGGGGAGUCCUUAUAUCUGGCAUGAAGAUUAUCGACAUCAAAAGUACCUCAACGAACAUCAUCAUGGAAACCAGAAUAGUCCAUUUGGAACAAACAAUGAGACCCAGUUCCAGUCUAACAGUCAAAACCCUUAUAAAGACAGUCCUGCUUCCAACUCUGGACAGGAAAGGCCCAGGGAGCUGUUUCCAGAGAGUCUGCUAAUACGGGCCCAGAAGAACAAGCUGUCUCUGGCCAGUGAAUCCAACCUUCUCCAGCAGCAUGAGUCUGGUCUCAGCUCCAGCAGCUAUGAGCUCAGUCAGUACAUGGCAGAUGCCCCUGAGUGGUAUGAUCCCAUGGCAUCAGCAGCGUGGAGUCCGGGUCAGGCUGAUGUCUCCGCAGCUGGUCCCAAAGCACCCAUGAAGUUCUACGUCCCUCACGUGUCUGUGAGUUUUGGGCCAGGCGGUCAGCUGGUGUGUGUAUGUCCCAGCUCGCCCACUGAUGGGCAAAUAGCCCUAAUUGAACUGCACAGCAUGGAGGUUAUUCUCAAUAAUUCUGAGGAACAAGAGGAGAUGAGAAACUUCUCAGGACCGCUGAUUAGGGAAGAUGUGCACAAGGUGGAUAUCAUGAUGUUUUGCCAGCAGAAAGCAGCUCAGAGCCACAAAUCUGAGACACUGAGAAGCAGAGACUCAGCUCUUUUGUGGCAACUGUUGGUUCUCCUCUGUCGCCAGAAUGGGUCCAUGGUGGGGUCUGACAUAGCUGAGCUGCUGAUGCAAGAUUGCAAGAAGCUGGAGAAGUACAAGAGGCAGACCCCAGUGGCUAACCUCAUCAACCUGACCGACGAGGACUGGCCAGUGCUGAGCUCUGGGACCCGGAACUUGCUCACCGGGGAGAUCCCACCCAAUGUGCAGACGCCUGCACAGAUUAUGGAGAAAUUCACUAAACUGCUGUACUAUGGAAGGAAGAAGGAAGCUUUGGAGUGGGCCAUGAAGAAUCACUUGUGGGGCCAUGCUUUGUUCCUAUCCAGCAACAUGGACGCAAGGACCUACAGCUGGGUCAUGAGUGGCUUCACCAGCACACUGGCGCUCAACGACCCACUGCAGACCCUCUUCCAGCUCCUGUCAGGGAGGAUUCCACAGGCAGCCACGUGUUGUGGGGACAAGCAGUGGGGAGACUGGAGGCCUCACUUGGCUGUGAUUCUGUCAAAUUCAGCUGGAGACCUGGAGUUGCACCAGCAUGCGAUUGUCACCAUGGGGGAAACCCUGGCUGGGAGGGGGCUUGUGGAAGCAGCUCACUUCUGCUAUCUCAUGGCUCAUGUGCCCUUUGGCCACUACACUGUGAAGACAGACCAUCUGACCUUGCUGGGCAGUAGCCACAGUCAAGAGUUUUUGAAAUUUGCAACAACCGAGGCUAUCCAGAGAACAGAAAUCUUCGAGUACUGUCAGAUGCUGGGCCGCCCCAAAUCCUUCAUCCCGUCUUUCCAGGUGUAUAAGCUCCUUUAUGCUUCCCGUCUGGCAGAUUAUGGCCUGGCAUCCCAGGCUUUGCACUACUGUGAAGCCAUUGCUGCUGCUGUCUUGAGCCAGGGAGAGAGCAGUCACCCUGUGCUAUUAGCAGAACUCAUCAAGCUAGCAGAGAAAUUGAAGCUGUCAGAUCCCCUGAUUCUAGAAAGACGCCGUGGAAACAAGGACCUGGAGCCAGAUUGGCUAGUGAAACUUCGGAGGCAGAAGGAGGAGCUGGAGCAAAAGGUAGAAGGAGACAGUGGGGAUCCUCAUUCUGCUCGCUCAGAUAUUUCGGGAGCCAGAGGAAGAACAGCAGAAGACACUUCCUACCCGGAUCUUGUGGGACAUCAAGGCUGCUCAGAAGCCCCUGGAUAUGGCCCAGCCCUGUGGCCAACACCUGAGCAGACAGGCCCAACCCAGCCCAGCCCGCAGCAGUCCUUUCACCUCCAGCUGGGCCCCUACCCAGCAGGAGGGGGUGCAGGGCAGACGGGGGCACCAGUGCCUCUUUACUCAGUUCCAGAGACCCACCUCCUAGGGACUGGAGGCAGCAUAGCAGUGACAGGGGCUCCUGGAGGAAAGGUCUGGGACGAAACACUGCAGACAACCCCAAUCCCUGGAGAGAACACCAUGUCUCAAGAAACCUUCCAGCAUCCUGAUGGUCAAAAGGUCAUUUCCAAGCCACAGGCACCACUGGUUCCCAGAGCACGGAGUAUUUCACAGAGUUCCACUAUUUCAGUCCAGGAGGAUGAGGAGGAGGCCUCUGAUGAGGCAGAUAAAACAUCUUCCCAACGUGCCACACACGGAGCAAAGCCAGCGAAGAGCUCGGGAUUUGGCUGGUUCAGCUGGUUUCGGUCGAAGCCCACUGACGUGUCCCCCUCCAAAGAUGAGGACUCAUCUGACAGCCCAGACUCUGAGGAGACCCUCAGAACAUCUUCUCCCUCCCAGGCCAGCCUGGGCCUCUCACCAACGCGUCCCUGCGAGUCCCCACCUCUGCCAGGUGCUAGCACCUUCUUCAGGGACACAGGUGGGGGUGAAAUCCAAGGAUCUGUGUCCAGUGGGGGAACAGCCGAGGACGCUGGGAUGGGAGGCGUGUCAGAUCCUGAGGGUAUUUCCUCUGAGCUCUACGCCAGCCCUGGUGUCCUGCCUUCUCCUCUUCCCCUGAAAGGGGCUGUUCCUCUUUACAACCCAUCUCAGUUCCCUCAGCUGUCCACAGCUGCUAGCCUGAAUCGGCCAAAUCGACUCACUCAGCGCCGCUAUCCCAUUCAGCCAUGCUGA